AUGGGCAGUCCUUGGUUCACCCGCUCAGAUGAGCACAAUCAAAAGAACCAUGAUCAUCCAAAUAACUCGAGCAACCCGGUGGAGGCCGGUAUGGCUGCUGAGACUAAGGAUAUUUACCGGAAGAGCAGCUGGGACCCUUGGCAAGAGUGGACGGACGAGGAAAUCGGAGUCGAUGGAAGAUCAUCCCAAGCCUCAGCCAAGUACGCACUCAUUGUCCGCCGCGAAAAGGAACAUGGCGAAAUUGAUGAAUCGGUCCUCUCACUACAUUCUAUCACAGUGCAGAGCCCACUGCUCAAAAAAAUUCUCGGUCCGGUUUUCAAAGGCUACAAGGGUAUCAACACCAACCUCAAGAAACUCGAGUUUCAUGCGCCUUUUCGAGAGUUUUUCUAUAGAUGGGAUGAGUUCAACCAAGCCGACCCGAGAAAUAGUUCAACAGAUUUCUCCGAGGAGUGUUCCCAUUACAAGCUUCUGGCAGAUAUCAUACAUGCCGAGAUCAAGCCGCGCAUUGAGCAAGCCUCAGAUCUUCUGAAUAACGGAGUCAUAUCGUUUGACUAUGUGUGGACACUCUUUGAGCCCGAUGUCGAAGUCUACACCAAGAUCGAAGGUCGCGAUAGGCUGCUCAAGUUGAGCCGCGGUAAUUACUCCAAGACACCAGAUGGAACAGUGGCAUACGUUCUUAGUGUACGGUUCAUCGACACCGAUGGAGAUAUGUUCGGGUACACAGACACAACCUUGACCAUAUCACCUUUUGAGAACGUUAUACCCAUCCUGGAGCUAGAGGUGAUCCCGGCACGUCUAUGUCCCGAUUUCGAUCAAGUUAGAAAGCGACUCGUGCAGCGUGGUCAACUAUUUGAGAGCUUGGAAGGCAUCAACCACAAGACAUAUUCUGGUACGUAUAGCCUGUCUCACACGACUUCAGGGAUCUCAGAGCAGCGACAUGUGACAAAUGAGCGGAUCAUCAUUGACUCCAGAACAUUCUUAUGGUUCAAUCGCGGUCCUGCCGGUCCACUUCACCCACUUGAGGCCUCUAAAAGCUUUGUGUUUCAUGGUAAUGAGCUGCACCAUGAUAAAUCUGUUCAUUCUCUCACUUAUGGGCCUCUACCAACAAGACCAUACGCCAAAGCGGGUUUGACCAAUGGCUCACAAAGCUCGCAUGUAUCCAACAAAAGACUCUCCGAAAGCCAGUACGCGUUAUGUACGAACGUCGUGAAAGGAUUCUGCCUGAAAACUAAAGAAUGGGGAUUAUUCGACAUUGAGCUCGUCGAAGACGUUGUAUGGAGCUCGACUGCUUUUGAUCAGCUAGUGCUGCCGCACGAUUACAAACGAAUCAUCCAGGCAUUUGUUGGUGCUCAGAUAUCUGGCUUAGACAAUUUUGACGAUGUAAUUCAAGGCAAAGGAAGGGGGAUUAUCAUGCUUCUGAGUGGAGAGCCGGGAACUGGGAAAACACUCACAGCUGAGUCUGCCCAAGAAGUUGAGCAGAAGCUAGACUGUGCUCUCGAGCUCUCAACAAGAUGGGGAGCAGUCCUUCUUCUCGAUGAGUGCGAUGUCUUUCUUGAACGUCGAACUACCUCAGAUAUCAAACGAAACAAACUCGUGUCGAUUUUUCUUAGACUCCUCGAAUACUUUGAGGGUGUCAUGUUUCUGACGACCAACCGAGUUUCAGCUUUUGAUCCGGCUUUUGAGUCUCGAAUUCAUCUCACUAUCCACUAUCCCAAUCUGGACUACACGAGUAGACUACACAUCUGGAAGACAUUUGUGAAUAUUGGUGACGAAAGUAGUCUUUCUGAAGAUGAGCUGGAUGAAUUGGCAAGUGUUGAGCUCAACGGGAGACAGAUCAAGAACGUGGUCAAGACGGCGAGACUUCUUGCAACGCACGAAAAGACCCAAUUGGCUAUGAGUCAUAUCAGCACAGUUCUGAGGAUCAAAAAAGGGCUAGCAGGAGGGUCAUAA